GGACACCCAUGGGACACCCAGGAGCGCUGGCACUCGCUGCUCUACGACCCCGUCAUCUGCAAGCUCUCGUGCCAGGCCAUGCGCCAGCUGCACCCCGAGGCCGUGGCCGCCAUCCAGAGCAAGGUGCUGUUCAGCAAGGCCGAGGAGCAGCUGCUGACCCGCGUGCCAUCGAGCCCGGUGCCCUCGCUGGACACCUUCCAGGAGCUGCUGCAGCGCCACCCGGCCGUGUUUUACCCUGCCAGGACCCCCAAGGCCCUGCAGCUGCACUGGCAGCUCCUGCGCCAGUACCACCUGCUGCAGGACCAGACAGUGCAGCCCCUGCCCAAGGGGGAUCAGGUGCUGAAUUUCUCCGACGCUGAGGAGCUGCUGGACGAUGGCAAACUCAGGGACGUGCGGGACGAGGUCCUGGAGCACGAGCUGACGGUUGCUGACCGGCGCCAGAAGCGCGAGAUCCGGCAGCUGGAGCAGGAGCUGCACCGCUGGCAGGUGCUGGUGGACUCCAUCACAGGGAUGAGCUCCCCGGAUUUCGACAGUCAGACUCUGGCCGUGCUGCGGGGCCGGAUGGUUCGGUACCUGAUGCGCUCCCGCGAGAUCACCCUGGGCAGAGCCACCAAGGACAACCAGAUCGACGUGGACCUGGCUCUGGAGGGCCCAGCCUGGAAAAUCUCCCGCAAGCAGGGGGUGAUCAAGCUGAAGAACAACGGGGAAUUCUUCAUCGCCAACGAGGGCCGGCGGCCGAUCUUCAUCGACGGCCGCCCCGUGCUGGGGGGCAGCAAAUGGAAACUCAGCAACAAUUCUGUGGUUGAGAUCGCCAGUCUCCGGUUCGUGUUCCUGAUCAAUCAGGAGCUGAUCGCGCUGAUCCGCAGCGAGGCCGCGCGCCUCGGCCACCAGUGACACCAGUACGGACCAGUACGGACCAGUACGGGACUGGGAUCAUCCCAGUGACCUCCCAGUAACACCAGUAUGGGACUGGGAUGGUCCCACUGACACCGGGGACACCAGUACGGGACUGGGAUCGUCCCAGUGACCUCCCAGUAACACCAGUACGGGACUGGGAUCGUCCCAGUGACCUCCCAGUAACACCAGUAUGGGACUGGGAUGGUCCCAGUGACACCAGUAUGGGACUGGGAUGGUCCCAGUAACACCAGUAUGGGACUGGGAUGGUCCCAGUGACACCAGUACGGACCAGUACGGACCAGUACGGGACUGGGAUCAUCCCAGUGACCUCCCAGUAACACCAGUAUGGGACUGGGAUCGUCCCAGUGACACCAGGGACACCAGUACAGACCAGUACAGACCAGUUUGGGACUGGGAUGGUCCCAGUAACACCAGUAUGGCACCAGUACAGACCAGUUUGGGACUGGGAUGGUCCCAGUAACACCAGUAUGGCACCAGUACAGACCAGUUUGGGACUGGGACGGGACUGGGAUGGUCCCAGUGACACCGGGGACACCAGUAUGGGACUGGGAUCAUCCCAGUGACCUCCCAGUAACACCAGUUUGGGACUGGGAUGGUCCCAGUGACACCAGUGACACCAGUGUGGCACCAGUACAGACCAGUUUGGGACUGGGACAGGACUGGGAGUGUCCCAGUGACACCGGGGACACCAGUGUGGCACCAGUACGGACCAGUACGGGACUGGGAUGGUCCCACUGACACCAGUUUGGGACUGGGAGUGUCCCAGUAACACCAGGGACACCAGUGUGGCACCAGUACAGACCAGUUUGGGACUGGGACGGGACUGGGAGUGUCCCAGUGACACCGGGGACACCAGUAUGGGACUGGGAUCAUCCCAGUGACCUCCCAGUAACACCAAUUUGGGACUGGGAUGGUCCCAGUGACACCAGGGACACCAGUACAGACCAGUACAGACCAGUUUGGGACUGGGAUGGGACUGGGAGUGUCCCAGUGACACCAGUGUGGCACCAGUACGGACCAGUUUGGGACUGGGACGAGACUGGGAUGGUCCCAGUGACACCAGUACAGACCAGUACGGCACUGGGAGUGUCCAAGUUUAGGACUGGGAGUGUCCCAGUAACACCAGUAUAAAUCAGUAUGGGACUGGGAUUGUCCCAGUUUGCGACUGGGAUCAUCCCAGUGACCUCCCAGUGCUCCCAGUUUGGAACUGGGACCCUCUCAGUGCCACCAGUGCUCCCAGUAUGGGACUGGGACCAUCCCAGUAUGGGACUAGAACUGUCCCAGUGACACCAGUUUGAGAUUGGGAUCAUCCCAGUGCUCCCAGUAUGGGACUGGGACCCUCCCAGUGCUCCCAGUUUGGAACUGGGACCCUCCCAGUGCACCCAGUUUGGGACUGGGAUUGUCCCAGUGCUCCCAGUUUGGGACUGGGACCCUCCCAGUGCUCCCAGUUUGGGCUGGGCUGAAUUUCCUGGGAAUUGCCCCAAAAUUUCCCCCCCAAAUCCCAAAUUUUGGUCCCUUCCCCAAAACCAAAAUUCCCGAAUUUUAAAGCUCCAAAGUUUUUACUGGAUUUGUUCUCAAGUUUUGUUCAUUGAAGGGAAAAAUUCCCAAAAAAAAAAAAAAAGAAAAAAAGGAAACAAAAAAAAUCCCCAAACUUGGGAAAAAAUGGGAAAAAAAAAAAAAGGGGGGGAAAUUGGGGAAUCUCCCAAAAUUCCCAAAAAAAUCCCAAAAAUUUGGGGCUGGGAUUGGGGUGUGGGGAGGAAAUUCCUGAAAUAAAUUCCAGAGAAAACCCAAAAA